AAUGUCAAAAGUUAACGCCGAAAUUCUAAAAAAAGUUGCUUCCUUUCUGUAAAAGUAGCCACGCAAUUUUACGGUGGUUUGUGUAAUUAACUUAACAAAAAGUGCUACAUUACAUCUUAGUAACUGUAGAACAACAAUAUAACUGAAACCCUUCGAAUACAUAAGUUUUCAUUUAAGAUUAUUGAUAAGGACAAGGUGCAAACAUGGCAUCGAAUGAGGGUCGAGCCCAGUCAAACUUGCAUCAGCAAGACUUAUCUAAAUUAGAUGUAACCAAGUUGUCUGCACUAUCGCCCGAGGUAAUAUCGAGACAGGCUACCAUCAACAUUGGUACAAUUGGUCAUGUAGCCCAUGGAAAAUCAACAGUGGUCAAGGCAAUCUCAGGAGUACAGACUGUCAGAUUCAAAAACGAAUUGGAGAGGAAUAUUACUAUUAAAUUAGAGCGAGUAUCAGACACAAUUCUAACAUUGUUUCGCGACAGAGCUGAUGAAAGGCAGGAAAAUAUGUUUGUGGAAAAAUUCAGAAAAGCAAAGAAGAGGCCUUUCGUACCAGACUCUCCUGCUCCCAAAGCCAAGAAAAGGAAAACUGAAAAAGAAGAAUCCAAUGCCAAGAAGAAAAAAACUGAGAAGCAAGAUCCUGAUGAAUUUAUAAUUGAAAAAAUAUUGGACUUCAAGUUUGAUUCUGGAAGAGAGUAUUUCUUUGUGAAAUGGCAGGGCUAUGGUGAAGAAGAUAAUACAUGGGAACCUGUAGAAAAUUUAGACAAUUGCCCUGAUAUAUUAAAGAGCUUCUUGAUGAAUGAAGAAGUUAGGCACUGUGAAAAGUUGACACAAAUCAAGGAAGAAAUAUCUUUUGACAAUUUGCUCAGUAACAAAAAUUUAGUUAAAAGGCUACAAGAGGUUGAAGAAACUGAAUGUCCACUAUUGAAAAUGCAACUCACAGUCAAAUUACUCUCAAUGCUACAUUUACAAGAAAAAGAUGAAAAGUAUGCAACUGAGCUCGUUGAAAAGUGUAGAGAUCUUUUACAAUUAUAUGUCUUGACUAGAAGGCGAUGUCGCCAAUUAAUACAACUUAAAAACUGGGAGGAGUAUCUAAACCAAGUAGACACUUCCAAAAAGCUGUCAGUGGAAAAUAUUGUUGAUUUGGCUUCUCCUCCAGAGAAUUUUACUUACAUUAAUGAGUGUAUACCAGCCUCUGAGGUUGUCAUUCCUAAAGAACCUCCAAUUGGCUGCGAGUGUGAUUCUUGCAAUUGUAGAUCUAAAUCUUGCUGCGGCUCCCAGGGUGGCCUCUUUGCGUACACUGUCACUAAGAGGUUGCGUGUUGCACCUGGGACACCUAUUUACGAAUGUAACAAAGCAUGCAAGUGUUCAUCAGAGUGCAACAACCGUGUUGUGCAAAGAGGAAGGAACAUAAAGCUCACCAUAUUCAGAACGUCCAAUGGUUGCGGAUGGGGAGUUAGAACGGAUCAGAAAAUAAAAGAAGGGCAAUUUUUAUGCCAGUACGUUGGGGAGGUUAUAACUUUUGAGGAAGCCGAAAAAAGGGGGAGGGAAUAUGAUGCUAAUGGUCUUACAUAUUUAUUUGAUCUCGACUUCAAUUCAGUAGAAAACCCUUACACGGUCGAUGCAUGUAACUUAGGUAAUGUGUCACAUUUUAUAAAUCAUUCUUGUGAUCCAAACCUAGGUGUCUGGGCAGUGUGGGCCGACUGCCUUGAUCCAAAUCUUCCGAUGCUGGCUCUUUUUGCUACUCGUGAUAUAGAGGCUGGAGAAGAAAUAUGUUUUGAUUAUUUACAAAAGUCUGCAGACGGUAUUGAUGAUCCGGAUAUUGUAAAAGUUGUGAAAGAAAAAGAGGUUGAGGAAGAUGAAGACAAUAUUCCUAGUGCUUCUGAAGCUAACACCUCAGAUUCACCUGUAUCUCCAAUGAAAAAUAGAUUUGAAAUCCAACAACAAAACAUGGCUUCACUUCGUAACAGAACAGAAUGCAAGUGUGGUGCUCUUAAGUGUAGGAAAUACCUAUUUUGAAUUUACAUUUUUGAACAAAACCAUGUAAAUAAGUAAUGUUACAUUUACCUUUAUAUAUAUUUUUUGCAUUGUAUUUUAUUGAUUAUAUUGUGGCAGUUAAAGUUUAUUCAAUGGUAUUUUAAUAUGGUAGAUAUACUUUUGUAUUUUACUGUUUAGAUUUUACAUUCAUAGAUUAAGAUAUUUUUAGUAUUAAGAUCACAUUAGUGCAACAAAACGUUGAUAUCUGUUUACAAAUUGUAAUUACGAAAUAUCAUAAACUUCAUGCUGCAUAAAACUUGAGUUUGUCCAUAUACUGUAAGUACAGGAGUAGUAUAUCAGAUCUCUAUAUUUAGGAUGUAAAGAGAUUUGCUAAUAAAUUACUAUUGCUGACUAUGUAUUAUAAUAUGACUUUGAUCUGACCAUAAAAGAAAUAUAUAUUCUUUUUCUUUUCGAAAUUUGUUACAUAGACAGAGGUUUAACCAGUAGCCCUAGCAUGGCCACAGUAGAAAUACGAAAGU